CCUUCUCGUCCCCAGCCGGCGUCCUCGGCCGCCGGGCUCCUGCCGCUUGCCGCUGCUCCUGUCACUUGUGGAAGUUCUUCGCCCGCCCGGCCGCCACCAUGCCGGUCUUCCACACGCGCACGAUCGAGAGCAUCCUGGAGCCGGUGGCGCAGCAGAUCUCCCACCUGGUCAUCAUGCACGAGGAGGGCGAGGUGGACGGCAAGGCCAUCCCGGACCUCACCGCCCCCGUGGCCGCCGUGCGGGCCGCCGUCAGCAACCUGGUCCGGGUUGGAAAAGAAACGGUUCAGACAACGGAAGAUCAGAUUUUGAAGAGGGACAUGCCGCCCGCUUUCAUCAAGGUGGAGAACGCGUGCACGAAACUCGUCCAGGCGGCUCAGAUGCUCCAGGCGGACCCCUAUUCUGUACCUGCUCGUGAUUAUCUCAUUGACGGCUCCAGAGGCAUUCUUUCUGGGACAUCCGACCUGCUGCUGACGUUUGAUGAGGCAGAGGUCCGCAAAAUCAUCCGUGUCUGCAAAGGAAUUCUCGAAUACCUGACUGUGGCAGAGGUGGUGGAGACAAUGGAGGACUUGGUGACGUACACAAAGAACUUGGGGCCAGGGAUGACCAAGAUGGCGAAGAUGAUUGACGAGCGCCAGCAAGAGCUGACUCACCAGGAGCACAGGGUCAUGUUGGUGAACUCCAUGAACACGGUGAAGGAACUAUUGCCAGUCCUCAUUUCGGCUAUGAAGAUUUUUGUAACGACUAAAAAUUCCAAAAGCCAAGGAAUAGAAGAGGCCUUGAAGAACCGCAACUUCACAGUGGAGAAGAUGAGUGGCGAAAUAAACGAAAUAAUCCGUGUUUUGCAGCUCACGUCCUGGGAUGAGGAUGCUUGGGCCAGCAAGGAUACAGAAGCCAUGAAGAGGGCGUUGGCCUUGAUCGAUUCCAAGAUGAACCAGGCCAAAGGCUGGCUUAGGGACCCGAACGCUCCUGCAGGUGACUCCGGUGAACAGGCCAUUCGGCAGAUCCUGGAUGAAGCAGGCAAAGUUGGAGAGCUUUGUGCGGGCAAAGAGCGCAGAGAGAUUCUGGGAACCUGUAAGAUGCUUGGCCAGCUAACUGACCAAGUGGCAGACCUUCGAGCUAGAGGACAAGGCACUACGCCGCUCGCCCUGCAGAAGGCCCAGCAGGUGUCCCAAGGUCUGGAUUUAUUAACCGCGAAAGUGGAAAACGCCGCUCGCAAGCUGGAGGCAAUGACCAAUUCCAAGCAGGCCAUUGCCAAGAAAAUCGAUGCAGCUCAGAGCUGGCUAGCAGAUCCCCAUGGGGGCAGUGAAGGAGAGGAACACAUUCGAGGGAUUAUGACCGAAGCCAGGAAAAUCGCAGAGCUCUGUGAAGACCCCAAAGAGAGGGAUGAUAUUCUGCGGUCCCUGGGAGAAAUCUCUGCUCUGACAGCUAAAUUGUCAGACCUCCGAAAACAGGGGAAAGGGGAUUCUCCAGAAGCCCGUGCCUUGGCCAAGCAGAUCGCCACCUCGCUUCAGAAUCUGCAGUCGAAAACCAACCGGGCGGUGGCCAACAGCAGGCCAGUCAAAGCCGCGGUCCAUCUGGAAGGCAAGAUUGAGCAAGCUCAGAGGUGGAUCGACAACCCUACAGUCGAUGACCGUGGAGUAGGCCAGGCUGCCAUCCGGGGGCUCGUUGCUGAAGGUCGCCGUCUCGCCAACGUCAUGCUGGGACCAUACCGCCAAGACCUGCUUGCCAGAUGCGACCGUGUGGAACAGUUGGCAGCCCAGCUGGCUGAUCUGGCCGCCAGAGGGGAAGGGGAGUCUCCUCAAGCAAGGACCCUCGCUGCUCAGCUGCAGGACUCGCUAAAGGAUCUGAAAUCAAGGAUGCAGGAAGCCAUGACUCAGGAAGUGUCCGAUGUCUUCAGCGACACCACCACUCCCAUCAAGCUGCUAGCUGUGGCAGCCACGGCUCCUCCGGACGCGCCAAAUAGGGAUGAGAUGUUUGAGGAAAGGGCAGCCAACUUUGAAAAUCACGCGGCUCGUCUUGGUGCCACUGCGGAGAAGGCUGCUGCCGUUGGAACAGCGAACAAAAGUACUGUGGAAGGCAUACAAGCCACUGUGAAGUCAGCAAGGGAACUCACACCUCAGGUCAUAUCCGCUGCUCGCAUUCUCCUAAGAAACCCGGGGAAUCAAGCUGCUUAUGAACACUUUGAGACCAUGAAGAACCAGUGGAUUGACAACGUAGAGAAAAUGACAGGCAUGGUGGACGAAGCCAUUGACACCAAGUCACUGCUGGAUGCAUCGGAGGAAGCCAUUAAGAAAGACCUGGAUAAAUGCAAAGUCGCCAUGGCCAACAUUCAGCCGCAGAUGCUUGUAGCUGGGGCGACCAGCAUUGCCCGGCGCGCCAACCGGAUUUUGUUAGUGGCCAAGAAGGAGGUAGAAAAUUCGGAGGACCCCAAGUUCCGUGAAGCGGUUAAAGCUGCCUCUGACGACCUGAGCAAAACGAUCUCGCCAAUGGUGAUGGAUGCGAAAGCCGUGGCAGGCAACAUUUCGGAUCCUGGUUUGCAGAAGAACUUUCUGGAUUCCGGGUAUCGGAUCUUAGGAGCCGUGGCCAAAGUCCGAGAAGCUUUUCAGCCCCAGGAGCCUGACUUCCCCCCUCCUCCUCCUGACCUCGAACAGCUUCACCUCACUGAUGAACUUGCUCCUCCAAAGCCCCCCUUGCCAGAGGGGGAGGUCCCUCCUCCCCGCCCCCCACCCCCUGAAGAGAAAGACGAGGAAUUCCCCGAGGUGAAGGCGGGGGAGGUGCUGAACCAGCCCAUGAUGAUGGCUGCCCGGCAGCUGCACGACGAAGCCCGGAAGUGGUCCAGCAAGCCUGAAGUGACUGAUGAGGUUAAGGAGGCCCCUGAGGCUGGUGUAGAGGUAGAUCAGGAGGAGGAGGAGGAGGAGGAGGAGGAAGCAGAUGUUGAAUUCACUCUCCCCUCUGACAUUGACGACGAUUACGAGCCUGAGCUACUGUUAAUGCCAACCAACCAGCCCGUUAACCAGCCCAUUCUGGCCGCUGCUCAGUCUCUCCACCGGGAAGCCACCAAGUGGUCUAGUAAGGGCAACGACAUCAUUGCUGCCGCCAAGCGGAUGGCCCUCCUGAUGGCCGAGAUGUCCCGCUUGGUGAGAGGCGGCAGUGGGAACAAGCGGGCCCUGAUCCAGUGUGCCAAGGACAUCGCGAAGGCUUCGGACGAGGUGACCAGGCUGGCCAAGGAGGUGGCAAAGCAGUGCACCGACAAGCGCAUCAGAACCAACCUUUUGCAGGUCUGCGAACGGAUCCCAACCAUCAGCACCCAGCUUAAAAUCCUUUCCACCGUCAAAGCGACUAUGUUGGGUCGGACUAACAUCAGCGACGAGGAGUCUGAACAGGCGACGGAGAUGCUGGUCCACAACGCCCAGAACCUGAUGCAGUCUGUUAAGGAGACUGUCCGAGAAGCUGAGGCGGCUUCUAUCAAGAUCAGAACGGAUGCUGGAUUCACUCUGCGCUGGGUCAGGAAAACUCCGUGGUACCAGUAGAGAGCGGCUGUCUGCUCCACCCCCACCACCCCCCAGCCCCCAAAGCAUUGUCUUUUAUACAAUCCCUUUUGAAGCAGAGGAGAAUUUUGUACUCGGUGAAAAGGUGCUGCAAAGAUGGCGGCUCGCCUUCCGGAGCCCUUGGGAGGGGCCUUAACUCUGUGCCGAGCUCCCUUUUGUAUCUAACCUCACCGCCAUUUUUUUUUGUCUCCAAAAGGACUGCUACUCUUUCUCUCUUGCUUCUCUGAAGGCCUUUAAAAAAAUCCUGUGUUUUCAUGAACUCUAAUUUCAGAAUCACAUUUCACCCCCUCCCCAAUAUGCCAAUGGUUUCUACGCGAGGCAAUAGAUGCAGGUUUCAGUUUAGCAUGGAUUGAAAUUCUGGGACACUCUCCGUUUGCGUAGCUCUUUUUAUUGUGAGGGACAAUCAGAAGACAAGAGAGUGCGGCGCUUCAUUGUCUUCUGCUCCCUUUUCUAACUCUGAGUUGGUGUAACGCUAAAUGAAUUUCCUUCAAAAGCUUUGCCCCACUAUGGGGGGAAAAGGUGGUUUGCCGAAAAGCUGCUGCUGCUGCUAUAGGGAUGGGGUGGGGUGGGGGGCAGGUAGAGACCCUAAGCCAUCAAAAAUUGGGAUAAUGUCGCCAUAGCUGCCAGCAAUUGGCAGAGCGCCUUGUGCGGAGAGCAUUGCUGGUUUCAGAGGCAGAGCACAACCCCUGACCCCAAUCCAUCCCUCGGCGUAAUUCAGUUCAAAAGAGCCAGAGAAGAAGAGUCUGGGUGCUUCCGCUUCUUCCCACCCGCCAGGCCGCCGACCAGUUGCCUUCUCUUUGCUUCCGAGGCCAGCAGGAAGAGUCUCCAUUUUCAGGGAAUUCUGCCACCCUGCUUGUUUCAUUCUAGCAACAGAAAAGCCUGGGGCUGUGUAUUCUCAUCACUGUACCGAAAGCACACGAGGUCUUUCUGUGUAGGCUUUCAGACAUAACUCUUCAUGCAAUUCCAGGCUAUCCGUACUUUGUAGGGAAAUCUUGCAUGCGUGCAGCAUAAACCCAGUGCUUUGGAGAACGGCAUCGAAUGUCAGAUGGAAUAAUUUAUUUCAAUCAUGUUCAGGAUGCUGGUAUUCGGAAGUGUGUUUGCUGCGAAGGUAGCAUGUCUGUGCUUUAGCGUGCUUCAGGACAGACAGGCAGACGGUUGCCAUUUGCGUAGAGUGUUACUUUGGGGAUUCCCUUGCACCAGACACCCUCCUCCUGUACAAGCUCUGUUGACACUAACACUCAAAGCACAUUUGCCUUAGGAGGGAGGCGUGUUACUUGCCCAGCACCAUUACGUGCUGAUGCUACAGCACCCUCUGUAGAUCAAGACACUUUUGUGCAAUGAUUUCUGCUCAGCUGACGGCUACAAAAAACUCGUGAGCAAGUUGAAACCUGUUAGCUUCACUUUCCUGUGAGUUGCACUUUCUAGCCGGUAAAGAUUCCCUGGACCAUCAGCAUUUGCCCUUCCCUUGGCCCGUGCAACUUAAAAGGGUACAGAAAUAACUUUCUCGUCAUUUCUACUACACUGAAGGAGCAGGUGGCGCUUGCUUUUCUCCCCGUCUCUCCCCUCUAGCCUCCUUCAUUGCUCGUGGUUAGAGAUGGCCACCUGUCUGGUACCUUCAUUUCGCCUCUGGCAAUAACUAGCCACAGCCGGCACAGGGAAGGGACCGUCUCUCGCCUGAACGCCCUCCCAACUUCUCGCCCCGGCCUCUUUCCCUCUCACGAGCGGCGUCAUAACCCUUCUCAUUGCUUGACUUUGUAUUAAUGCAAUAUUACUAAUGCCUUUAAAAUUAUAUGAUGGUUUAUGCCAAAGAUUGUUUUCUUUUUGUUGAGGAAUGUUUUGAGAGAAAGCUCUGAAUCCAGGUUGCCUUGGAUAUUUCUUCAGAAUGUGUGUUUAGCUCAACAAUCUUUUAUAGAAGGUAAUAUCCUCUACACCUUAUGCAAUUGUAUGCUUUCCUGAACACUUGUGUUCAUCAGAGACCUAAGAUGAAACAAACUUGAAUGUCUGGUAGGAACGUUUUUUGCCACUAAAAUACCUUUGUUUAUGAACAAGAAAUUUUGUUGUAUAUGCUAAUAUUUUCAAACCUUCUUUGUUCUGUUCAAACAAAAUAAAAAUGCAUUUGUAUUAAAAAAAUCUAUU